GUUACGUCGUUUCCGCCCCAUGUUGUUCGCCGUCAGGUGCCGACAUCCGCAUCUGCAUUUGUGUCAGAGAGAGCUGCGGGCUCGGUACUUUAUCGUCCAAGAACCUGACAGGACGGUGUGUUGAUCCGGACCAAGAGGCGGGAAGAAAAAAAGAUGGAGGACGGUUUGAAACCAACCGGCGACACCAAGCUGGACCAGGCUAUCCGGCAGUGGCUGCAGUAUGACCGGAACCCCAAGACAAAAUCCCUGGUGCAGGACAUGGUGAAGGAUGGAUCAAUGGAGGCUCUGAAGAAGUGUUUCUCCUCCAGGAUGGAGUUUGGUACGGCUGGGCUGAGAGCUGCCAUGGGCCCCGGCAUAUCCUGUAUGAAUGACCUCACAAUUAUCCAGACCACGCAGGGUUUCUGUCGCUACCUGGAGCAGAGUUUCGGUAACCUUAAGGAACGAGGCGUGGUCAUCGGGUACGACGCACGCGCCCACCCUACCAGCGGGGGCAGCAGCAAGCGCUUCGCCAGCCUGGCCGCAGCAGUUUUCAUCAGCCGAGGAGUUCCUGCCCACCUCUUCUCUGAGAUCACCCCAACACCGUUUGUGCCUUUCACAGUUUCCCACCUGGGUCUGUGUGCUGGCAUCAUGGUGACCGCCUCUCAUAACCCCAAGCAGGACAACGGCUACAAGGUUUACUGGGAAAACGGCGCCCAGAUCGUGUCUCCUCAUGAUUCUGGAAUCUCCAAAGCCAUUGAGGAGAACUUGGAGCCCUGGCCGGCAUCCUGGAACACAGAGGAGGCCCUGAAGGCCGCCUUGCUGAAAGACCCCUUCCUGGAUGUUAACACACAAUACUUUCAAGCCAUCCAGAAACACUGUCAUCACAGAGAGAUAAACAAGAAAUCAGAGGUGAAAAUAGUGCACACUUCUGUGCACGGCGUUGGUCACACAUUUGUCCAGUCGGCUUUCAAGGCUUUUGAUCUUCACCCCCCGUAUCCCGUAGAGGAACAGAAAGAUCCAGACCCUGAAUUUCCCACCGUCAAAUACCCAAAUCCUGAGGAGGGGAAGGGAGUUCUGACAUUGUCGUUUGCUCUUGCAGAAAGAGAAGGAGCCUCUGUGGUUUUGGCCAACGACCCUGAUGCUGAUCGAUUAGCAAUAGCCGAGAAGCAGGAAAGUGGACAGUGGCGCGUGUUCAGCGGCAACGAGCUCGGCGCGUUGCUCGGCUGGUGGAUGUUCCACUGCUGGAGUGAGCAGAACUCUGACGCUGCCGCGGUGAAAAACCUCUACAUGCUGGCAAGCACCGUGUCGUCCAAAAUACUGAGAGCCGUCGCUCUGAAGGAGGGCUUCCACUUUGAGGAAACCCUAACAGGUUUUAAAUGGAUGGGGAACAGAGCCAAAGACCUCUUGGACCAGGGAAAGAGUGUUUUGUUUGCUUUUGAGGAGGCCAUAGGUUAUAUGUGUUGUAACUCCGUAUUGGACAAGGAUGGCGUCAGUGCUGCAGCUAUCGCAGGGGAGAUGAUUUCAUACCUGGCCACCAAAAACAAAAGCCUCUCCCAACAACUCACAACCAUCUUUGAAGAGUAUGGCUAUCACAUCAGCAAGAACUCCUACUUCAUCUGCCACGACCAGGAAGUAAUCCGCAGCCUGUUUGAACGUCUGCGCAACUUUGGUGGCAAAAAGGACGCGUACCCGUCAGAAUGUGGCCGCUUCUCCGUCUCCGCUGUUAGAGACCUGACCACCGGUUACGACAGCAACCAGCCCGACAAGAAGGCUAUUCUUCCUACCUCCAGCUCCAGUCAGAUGAUCACCUUUACCUUCGCCAACGGUGGCGUCGCCACCAUGAGGACCAGCGGCACCGAGCCCAAGAUCAAAUACUACACUGAGCUCUGUGCUGCACCUGGCAACAGUGAUGUGACACAUCUGAAGAAGGAACUGGAUGAUUUGGUUGAUGCCAUCGUUGAGAACUUCUUUGAGCCUGUGAAGAAUAAGCUGCAGCCCAAGCCAGAGUAGCUCUGAUGGAAGCUUCAUCAGAGCUGAGAAACGUCUCUCUGACCGUCGUUUCACAUCUUAAUUACUCCUGAUGGGAUUGUUUUUUUGGGGUUUUUUUCCCAGAUAAAUUAACUAUUGUUUUUAAGUUUGUCCCAAGAUCUUUAGAUGUUUUACUAGUAAUAAUGACAAAUUGUUUGGUUCAUUUUAAAAUAAUUUGCAUCAGGAAAGCAAAAAUUUCACCCCACUUUAGUAGAAUUAGAAUGAGUCCCUCUGGAUGUUUAUGCCUAAAGCUAUGAGCCAAACUUUUCUAUAAAAUCAAUCAAUCAAUCACUGUGGAGAUAACAUGUUGUGGCCAGUUUUUCUAUUUGUUUUGCUACUUUUGUUUUAAAUAAAUUGCACACAUUCCUCUAGUUACGUCGCAGAAGACAUAAUGGAACUGAUCAGAUGUUUCAAUUACAUUUAUCUGUAUUUUGUGGCUUUUAUUUAUCCUGUGUGUUGGUUGUCCAGAGAAACCAGUUACUUGGAAAUAUUCAAACCAGAAUAUAAACAGAUGUGCACACUUUAACGUUCGGAUGGCAGUCAUCACUGCUUCUGCUUUGCCCAUCACAGCUGGAGUCAAAUUCUGGCUCAGAUGCGUAAAGUUGGAUUUUUUUUUUCUUUGGUGCUCUUUCUAAAAAAACCUAAAUCCCUAAGUUUUAUCCACCUGUGUUUUUAUUCCAAGAGUAUAUUUGUCAGCAGAACAGAGAUACCUCUGUAACUUGAAGUAUACCUCAUUCCUUUUGACCACAACAGUAAACUUGUGUCCCCCUUUAAUGCCACAAUCAUUCCUUUUUUUUCUAGAUGGUAUUAUGCUCUACAUUGCCUGUAUUUGACAUAAUACCCUCUGAAAACACUGCUUUGUAUGAGUGCACUGCUGCUGAUGUGACACAACACAACUAAAUGUUGGGAACUGC